GUAACAAGACGUACAUGUAAGGUCUAGUACGUAUUGCAGCAAAGGUGAAAUCUGUAACCACGAUGGAGCAAAACGUGGCAAUGCUGUACUUCCUACUUCUGGUCUCCAAUCACCUGAUUCUCGUGUCGGCAACAGCUUUACGGUGCCCUGACAGCUGUCACUCCUACCAAGUUGGAGUCAAGGGAAGAGAGCAAGUCGUCUGUCGCUGCCCUGGUGAAAACUGGGUGGGGUCUCCCUGCAGCUGGAUUGGAUACGGAGGAACGUACAGCUUCUCCGUGUGUCUCGACGCCAUACCAACCGGCUUUGUCAAAGCCACGCAAUCAAUCUCCAUACAGCAUCUCCGUUCUCCUACCAUUUUGGAGCGGUCUUUCCCCAACAACACAGAAGUGCAGCAGCUUCAAAUCAGCAAGUCCAACAUUUCCACGGUACAGCCAGGGGCUUUCCAAGGUCUGCCACUGUUGGAAAAACUUUACCUUAACGACAACCGCAUCUCCAGUCUUGAACCUGAUACCUUCCUUGGGCUUGAGAAGGUGAAAAACCUGUACCUUCAAAGGAACGCCAUUUCCGUUAUAUCCCAGUAUACAUUCCGCGGCCUACCUCUCCUUGCCAGGUUGAUUUUAGACAAUAACCGCCUGCGUUCUGUGCCUGUUGAUGCACUCCUGCCACUUACAUCACUGAAGCUUGCACACCUUCAAAACAACUACAUCACCACCAUCGACAAGCAAGUCCUGUGUCUGAGUCAAAACCAGGGCUUACAUCUCAUGCUAGCAGACAACCAGCUGAAAUGUGAUGAGGAUCUCACCUGGUUCAUCUGUAACCUACCAGACAUGGACCGUAUUAUUCGUCCUGACUUACUGACGUGUGCAUCACCUGCCAACCUGAGCGGAAUUCUGCUUGCCACCGUGAGGAAGGACAUCAUCAGUCCAACCAGCACGGACAGGUCACCACAGGGGAUCAAGCUGGGGAGAUGUGAUGAAACGUCCACCACAGCAGAUGCACAUACCCACCACACCAGUCUGUACAACUAUACCAGUCUGCACAACCACACCAUUCCCACAGAGACCUACCACAUGCCAGGAUCGCAGUAUACCACAGGGACUGACAUUGCCACUCUUCUAGUCGAGACAAGCAUCACUGAGGAAGACGACAGCCACCAUGACGUCAAUGCCAUCAUCACCGCUGUUGUUGUGCCCAUCCUCCUUCUGACGGCAUGCGGGGUUGUCCUCUACUUGUGUGACCGCUGUCACGGCACAGGUCUGGUCUUUCACAAUGCCCCUGCUGAAACAGAUGGAAAUUCGGCCAGAUUGGGAACAUCAGGCAGAGACUCAGUCACAGGCAGACGACCAACCCCUGGCCAGGACCAGACAUCAGAGGGGAACGAUGACAUUGAGCCGUACGCUGUGUCAUACAUGGAUGUGUCGGGGAAGGGUAAAAAUGGCAAGCUUGCACCGUAUGCAACAACUUCCUUUGCAAACAUCCAGCCAAUGGAAACAGACAAUGAUGACAUCCAGCCAAUUGAAGACAAAGAUGACAUUGAGCCUUACGCUGUGUCAUACAUGGAUGUGUCGGGGAAGGGUAAAAAUGGCAAGCUUGCACCGUACGCAACAACCUCCUUUGCUAACAUCCAGCCAAGAGAAGACAAUAAUGACAUUGAGCCAUACGCUGUGUCAUACAUGGAUGUGUCAGGGAAGAGGAAAAAUGGCAAGCUUGCACCGUAUGCAACAACAUUUAUCAACGAAGACCCAGAACCACAGCUGCAGCCAUAUUCAGUGACCCACGAUGAAGACCCAGGGCCACAGCUUCAGCCAUAUUCAGCGACCCACGAUGAAGACCCAGGGCCACAGCUUCAGCCAUAUUCAGUGACCCACGAUGAAGACCCAGGGCCACAGCUUCAGCCAUAUUCAGUGACCCAAGAUGAAGACCCAGGGCCACAGCUUCAGCCAUAUGCAGUGACCCACGAUGAAGACCCAGAGCCACAGCUUCAGCCAUAUUCAGUGACCAAUGAUGAAGACCCAGGGCCACAGCUUCAGCCAUAUUCAGUGACCCACGAUGAAGACCCAGGGCCACAGCUCCAGCCAUACGCAGUGACCCACGGUGAAGACCUUGCACAUACUACAAGAGGCCAUACUGGUCCGGUUUACACAUCACUGACUAAUGUCACUAACCAACAGGCAACAAACAUCACACAACCAGUCACCCAAUCAAAGAGUCAGUCACUGCCAAAAGAGGCCAACAUCAAGCCAAACUAUGAGAGAGGCUAUCCACCAGUGAGAGAUAGCAGGUGUCCUUAUGGACUGGGCAAGGGAAAGGAGGUCCCAAGUGUCAGUGGGACACUGUGCAAAAAUGGCUCACAGCACACUGGUGCAGAGAACCACAGCAAAUCUCACAUGCUGUACAACACAGGUCAUGGACAGCCUGAGAGUGAGAACAGCACAACUCGUAAGCUGUACAACACCACUGAUGGACAGUCUGAAAGUAAGGAUAGCACAACUCGUAAGCUGUACAACACAGCUCAUGGACAGCCUGAGAGUGAGAACAGCACAACUCGUAAGCUGUACAACACCACUGAUGGACAGUCUGAGAGUGAGGACAGCAUAACUCGUAAGCUGUACAACACCGCUGAUGGACAGUCUGAGGGUGAGGAUAGCACAACUCGUAAGCAAGAUGGAGAAUGAAUUCCUUCAACAUUUUUUCAUCAGUAUAUACUAUAUGUAUGCCAUGUAUUCCCCUCAAGGACUGAGAGCUUAGAUCAAAGAGACGCAAUUUGAAAGAGGAAUGAUUAAUCUCUGCCUGUUUCACUGGAGUGUUAAAUAUUAAAAGGUUGAUCCAAAUGCCUUUUCAACUAACAUGUACAAGUCAGGUUCUGAUUCUGCUAAGAAGUAGUUUUGAGAUUUAUCAAUUUCAUUGCAUUUCAUGGUUCAUAAUAAAAAAGUAUGAGCUGCCAGUUUAAGGUGUACAUGUAUUAUGCUAUGCUAUGCCAGAAGUUGUAAUGGUUCGAGCCCAUAUGUUACUGUUCUUACAAGUUUAGGCAGAAUUUCUCAUUUAUUCAGUGCGGAUGUUGUUACUUUAUAUUGAUACGCAUUUAGGUCAGAUAGCCUGUACUACCGGGUAUAUGUGUAUUUAGAUCAGCCACAUUGAAAGUUGUGCUAUGUUGCAAUUUUGGCUGAAAAAAUGUUUUUAAAAAAUGUCAAAAUGAU